GAACCUCUUAUCAACCGGAAUGUCAGGCUCCAUCCCAGAAUCAUUUGCGCACCUUACUAACUUGGAAGCAGUGGAUCUUUCCGAAAAUGGCUUCGCUGGAUCCCUUCCAUCAGCUAUUGGACGUUUGAGCUGCCUGACAAUAUUGUCUCUUCAGUUCAACAGCCUGAAUGGAACAAUUCCCGACUCCAUGUCUAGGAUGUCUAACCUUGCAACAUUAUCUGUUUUUUCAAACCAACUGUCGGGAUCCAUACCAGACUGGAUUGGAAGCCUUACAGGCCUAAAAUCACUGUCGCUUUCCAGGAACAACUUCAGUGGCACGAUUCCUGAAUCCAUUGGCAUUCUAGUAUCUCUCAAAGAACUGGAUAUAGCGAACAAUAACUUGACCGCAUCCAUUCCAUCCACUAUUGGACGGAUCACUCCCUUGAAACACUUGGACCUCUCAGUAAAUCAUCUUUCGGGUUCCCUGCCAGAAUCAUUUGCGCGCCUUACUAACUUGGAAGAGUUAUUUCUCGACACCAACAAUUUUUCAGGAAGCAUCCCAAAGUCCUUUGGCAGCCUCGCACAACUUACUACCAUGAGUCUGAUCGGAACUGGACUCAAUUGCCCUCCUAGAAAAUCCCCAUGCGGGGUGCAGCAGCUCCCUGGCAGUGGCUUCUGCAUCAAAUGCCACUCCUUCUGCGCCACUUGCGUCAAGCCAGCACCUCCGCCCCCCUCCCCAUCGCUAAACAGCACCACGGCGUCCCCAUCCCCCCCCAGUGCCUCCCCAGCAUUCCCUCCCCCACCUGAGACGCCCACCUCCCAGCCUGACGGCCUGUCAGCGGCAGCCAUUGCUGGCAUUGCCGUGGCUGCGUUGGCUUCCCUGCUGCUUCUUCUGGUUGGCGGGCUGCUAUUUUGGAGGAGUUACAAGAAAGACUGGGAGACAGUACAGGGAGCAGCGACAGCAGACAAGGAAGGCGAGGAUGCAGUACUGCAAGUAGAAACGGAUUCACAAGGCCUGGCGGGCAGCGUGGCGGCGUGGCACUGCACGGAGUACUCCCUGGAGGAAGUGGAACAGUGCAUAUCCGACAACCCUGCCCGCCUCAAGGAUCUCAACAUGGACGUUCCUGAUGAUGCUGUGCUGCGCCUGGCCCAGCUGGCUCUCAGUUGCACGGUGGAGCGCACUGCAAGCCGGCCCAGCAUGGCAGGCAUUGCCAACGAGCUGCAGAAGAUAAGGAAUGAGGUGGUGGGGACGGAGGAGCUGAGGGCAGCAAUUCAGGUGGACGAGCAAGCCCAGAAAAUGAAGGGCUCGUUGGCUGCAGAUGCUCAUCUGCAGUGCGUUGAUAAUGUCUUGGAAGGCAGUUCUUUUGACGACCAACCAGCUGCUUGA